AUGGCUAACGAACCUCGUUCAGUGGAUGUGACCGGCCUGGGUCAGCAGUGGGAAGCAGAUUCCCAGAUCAGGCAACGGCUUCGUGAUGGCGGCUCCCUUCUGCACCCCUCAACUGCAGAUAAGGUGCUGAUCCGAACCGCUUCUUUGAAUGGACCUGUGCUGAAACCUCUGUGUGAGAUGAUGGCCAAGAUGCGGGAUGUUGUAGAUGACGGUAAGAUCCCGCCGUCGCCAGCGGUAGAGGGUCUGCGAGAAGAGGUGCAGGCAGUUAUGGGCAUGGCAAAGCAGGAAGUGACUUUCGAGCAAAUUGACAAAGCAGCUUGGUCGAUUCGGAAGUUUGUAGCUUUCCUGAAGCUCAAGAUCCGGAAGAGGCAAGUUUCAACGGUAAUGAUCAAGCUCAAGAGAGCCUUUCAGGAUCCACAGUUUCAGCAGCUCCUUCUCAUCCUGGACCCCAAUUUGCAAGCGGGUGAUGGCGAUGAAGAUGAGGAUGAGAUAGAUGAAGCCCCAAGAGAAGACCCCCAACAACUGCUAACUCAGAAGCCCCUGCAACUCCUGUGCCCACGCCUGCUGCAGCCACAGCCAUUGCAGCAACAUCGGCAGGUGAUCGUCAUUCCGGAUGAUGUGGUGAAGGCUGAGCCAGUCGACGAGGAGCCCGUUGCAGGCUCUCCAGGGGCCCUGGAAGGCCGUUCAAGUUUCGACGCUCCGUCGGAGGAGCGGGCAAGCUUUGCCACGGACGACACCCAGGUGGUCGACAUCACGACAGUCCCUGACCCACCCGAGGCAGUGCCGGCGGACACCAGUGACAUGUCUGCGGAAGAUCAGCGACGCGCUUAUCAGGGUGCAGUGGGAACGCCGACGCAAGUCAUGCCCGGAACACCUGAUCAUGAGACUCCCAGCUCCAAGGUGUUGGGCGACACUCCACCGGUAAUGCGAGCCGACCAAUUGUCUUUGAAGGGCAAGAAGAAGAAGGGCAAACGAUCUAAGAAUGGCAAGACCGCCAAAAAGAAGAAGGCUGCUAAGAUGGGUAACAAGAAGGCUGCGCCUUUGUCGCCAAGCCGGCGGCGAAGGAGUCUGCUUCGCCAGAAAUCCAGGUCCUCGAAUGCUCUCUCUGAGAAGGAAGCUGCAGCAGAUGAUGCCAAGCCGGUUGAUGCAGGUUUGGAAGCCAAGCCGGUUGAUGCAGCUUUGGAAGCCGAGCCAGCCCCGGAAACGAAGCCAAAGCCAACAAGGGGUCGCAAGCCCAAGCAUGUGGACGAACCCAAGCAUGUGGAUGACAGCAAAGUGGAUGUAGGCUCACUUGAAAUCCAGAUGCCAGAUAACCUCGACGACUGGGCGGACUUGAACGCAAAGGUGCUGUUGACUGCCUUCGCCAGGGAGUGGUUUGAUCAUAGGCAUGAUCAGAUGGCUGACUUCAAGCUGCUUAUGCGUGAGGCUUUGCCAGGUGCACAAGAGCAUGAGGCUGCUACCUUGAACAUCUACUGGACAAGGUUUUCCUGUGGAGUUACGAUCAAGUCUACGAGGAAGGAUCUCGGGUCCUACCACCUGCCCCACAAGACCGUUCCGCCAAACCUUCGGUUGGCCGUUCAGUUUCUGGACAUGAUGCUGUCCGAGACAUGCCCAAGCACUGGGAAGACCUACCGGGACCUAGGAGUCGAGACGCUCGUGGCCCUCCCACUCGUCACCGAGGUCUAUGAGAGCUUGAAGCAGGACGGAGCCGAGGUUAUCGACGAGAUAGCUUCUUGGGGUGAGGCUGCCAAGUAA